GUACUGAUAGACGGCACUAACUGGCAUCACUGCUGGGCACUGUCUGGCGGCACUGACUGGCACAACCCCUGGGCACUGACUGGUGGCACUGACUGGCAGCACUGCUGGGCUGCACUGGUGGGUGGGCACAGGUGGGUGGCACUGGUGGGCACAGGUGGGUGGGCACAGGUGGGUGACACUGCUGGGCACAGGUGGGUGGCACUUCUGGGCACAGGUAGGUGGCACUGCAGAGUGGCACAUGUGGGUGCACUGCUGGGCACAGGUGGGGGCACUGAUGGGCACAGGUGGGUGCACUGCUGGGCACGGGUG